GGAAGUGUGGGGGCGGGGGCGCGCGCGCGGGGUGGAUCUGGGCGGUGGCGGGCGGCGUUUGUCACCGGUGGCGGCAGAAAUAGCAGGAGCAGCGGCACCGGCGCAAGGUAGAGGCCGGCACUGGGCAAGGGGGCUGCGGCUGAGGUCGGGACUUCUCGGGUUUUUGACGGGCUGCUGCUGCAGUGCCUGGGAGCCUCCUUUUCUCCCGAAUUUCCCCCCCGCCCCAUCCGGCUUCUGCACCCCACCCUCCUUGGCUUUGGCGAUGAUGGUCGCCCGCCGCUCUCCGGGGUGGUUUUUUGGUUUCCCUUCCGCCCUAGUGGGAGUCGCACCCCUCAGGGCCGGUUUGCGUUAUGAAUGGGCGACCUCUGCGCGCUCCCUUUAAUAUCUCGGUUGGGGUGCCGUCCAUUGAGCUCCGCAGCUAACUUCGUCUCCUCCUUAUUCUGUUAUUACUUAGAUCAAGUUAAAUAUCUCCAUCGCUUAAUAGUCUCCCGUGCCUGUUAGUGCUGCCAUGUAGGCACCUGCUGGCAUGGGGUGCGGGAGGGAAUAAACUUCCCUUUCUGCUGGCUAAUCCUGGAUCUUUUUUUACUCUGUUCAUACCCAGAUUUCUUGUUCCUGCCUUCCUUUAUAAUAAGUGACCAGUUCCCAUUAUAAACUGCUUUUGUUUCUUUGUCUGUUUUGUUGGAAUAGACGUAAAGUGUAUCUCUACCUGCUCUAUAGCUGCUUGGGUAGGCGUCCUGGCCUUCACAACUUCCUGGUCUUUCCUCCAUAGGAGCUUUAUUUUUUCCUCAGCAAUUUCCUUCAAGUCAAGCCUGCAGCAAGUGUGUUAACGUUAUUUUUCUAAGUGCCUGCUUGGUGUCUCAUGACAUGAAAUGUCACACAAGGCCUUUGAGAAAGUUGCUGUAUGAGAGAGUAUGGGUGAGCUUGAGUAUGGCUCAGGGCUUUAUUUGAGCUAAAACUUGGCAUUUUGACACUGGUUUCCCCCCUGAAGUAAGGGAGACUCAGUGUUGUACAGAGAGUACCAUUUCAUCCAUGACUGAGUUGAUAUAUUUCUGUUUCUAGGUUUAGCACAGAGGAAGCCAAUGUGGUGCUAUCCAGGUGUUGUUGGACUCCUGUCACCUCUGACCAUGCUGCUUAGGGCUGAUGGGAGUUCUAGCUCAGCAGUCUUAAUGUGAACGCUCUACAGGCUUGAAGAGCAUCUCUCCUUUUUAUAUUAAGCCCUGGUGUGGGUGAUCGUUCAUAUCGCAAUCACUAAAAAAGGUCACUACUCAAACUGUUUUAUUAACAAAACCUUUAUUUGAGCCUGUUCUCUCCAUGGUAUAUACUUCAUGUUGGCUCUGCUUAUAGAACCUUACAAAGGGGCUGGAUUGAAACAUUGGGACUAAUUACCUUCACAUUGAGAUGUGGAUGAAAUGCAUAUCCUAUGGACCAACAGCAUGCUAUGCAGCUAAUGUUAAUUCCAUAGCAAAAUGUGAUUGAUAAUAGGGUACGUAUUUAUGGCGGCAUGAUCAUAUUUGUGGCUAAAAGUCACUGGAUGCAGAGGACUAAUUUGACCACUAUACAUUUGUAGGGCUUUGUUGCCAUAGGUAGGGCUGUAUCACUUUUUGACAUUGGAUUAAUGACACUGAUAAAAUGUUUUCGAGGUAAAAUGGCUGAUCUAUUCUUCUAGCAGUCUUCUGGAAAGACCAAGAGAUGCUGGAUGGGCACCCACAGACCUGGACUCUGUUGUUACGGAGUAUUCUGUUGUCUAAGCGUCCACUAGUAACAGAGGUGUUGAGAGUGGGAGACACAAUGUUAUCUGCACAAGUUAGUCAUACCUUAUCUGUAAGGUGUGUGUGUAAAUCUAGUGCCAACUUCUCAGUCCUGCAAACAGUUAUAAGAAUAUAAAUUACAAAAAGGCUGUAAAACAAUAUUCCUUCUAACAGUAAUUCUAUGUCUGUAAUGGCUUAGAUGCAACAUGUAUUUUGUCUGCAUCCUUUCUGAGAGUGCACUAAAUCUUAGCUACAUUUCCUGAAUCAGCCUGGUUGCACAGUAGGCUUCCUCUUAUAGGCUGCAACUAAUCAGCCAAGAUUUGGUUUAGGGUGGGGACCUUUUUGGCUCUACAGGCCACAUUUCACAGUCACAAAUGAUGUCUGGAGAACUAGCAGGCAGAAAGGUGAUGCGAAAAGCAAGGUUCCCUUCCCACUUCAUUUCAGCAGCUUAUUUCACUGCAAACCAAUGUUGGAAGAUGAUCCUGCUUUGUGCAGGGCUUCCGAUUCCUGACAACCAGCUGGUUGUUGGGCACUUCGGAAGCUGCUUAAGCAGACUAUGACAAGACCUCACCCUUUUGGCUAAGCCCUGUCCCUACUCAUGUGGGGUAAGGUACAUAAGAGUGGCUUGCCCAAGGUGGCCUCACUGUCCAAAUGGGGAAGUCCAGAAUGCCAAGAUUGGCCCCUGGGUCAGAGAGUCCCGGGGGACUGAAAUCUGGUCAGUCUUGAUGCUCAGUGAACCACAUCAGGAAUAUGCUGGAAGCAGAAGCUUUAUCCUUGAUGUAGCCAUUCUGUAUGAAAAAAACUCAGCAAGGAAGAUGACUCUCUUCUGCUUUAGGGAAUGUAUGGGGUUGUUUUUUUCUUAUCGGCAGGCUGUGGGUGAAAUAAAGGAAUUGUAAUUAAGGAUUUCAGUGACUACAGUCAAGCAGUGAUUAGUGGAUCUUUGAUAAGUGAUCUAGCUGCCAGUGUGCUACAAGUUAUCCAGUCUAUCUACCUACUUUACACUGGAUUGCUUCAGCUGCUUUGCCAAUCUUGUGGCGCUGUUCUGUAAGGGGUCCUGCCAGCUUGGUCUUCACUUUCUCAGUUCCAGCAUUCAGAGCUCAUCUAACACACAACUCUGACCUUUCAGCACCAGUGAUCUACUGGCUUUGGGCUUCCUAAUGUUUUAGGUUGGCACUGUAGCAGUACCAGUAAAAGCCAGGACUCCUGUCAUGCCUUUACUCUGGUCAAUAUUUGCUACUCUGUUUCCAUGGUGAGUGCUUGUGUAUGCUGCAGCUUAGCAAACUUGUACUAUCAGCUAACACAUCGUGGCAAAUGAACGUUGCACAGCGCGUAAAUGUGCCUAAUUCUCCACCAGUAUGAGAACUUCAGAGCACUCAAGCAAAGCUAACCAAUGCUUGGAGGUUAUGAAAUGCUAGUUUGUGAAAGAGUUCUGUAUCAGGAUUUAAAGGCUGCGAAUGUUUUAGCAACAAAGUCUUUUCAAUUCUGUACAAAAUGUUAACAGAUGUGGUCAAAACCAGCAAGAGUUACAUGAUCUGGCAAUCAAUGGCUUCCUGCAUCCCCUGGCUCAAUUGUGCAUGUAAAAAGGAUAAAUCCAAACUCCCCACUGAUCCCUUUCUCCCUCACUGCAGCAGAGUGCAUUAGCUCUAAGGCUAAUGGGAUCUCCAGUUCGUUCAGAUGGAACCUUCUGCCAAAGUGAAUUAGUGGCUCAGCCUUGGGGACCAUUCGUGUGAGGAGCUUCUGUUCUUGCCUCUCAUCAGCAGCAAAUUUCCCUGGUGGCAAAACCCUGUGUCUUCCCUGCAGUGCUGAAUGUUCCUCUGUCUGUCUGGCAGCCUGAUUAAUGAUGUGGAUUGUGCUUUCUUGGAAGACCUUGAAUCUUUGCUUCUCUGGGCCCCCCUUCUUCCCUUUAGAAACCUCCAAAGGGUGAAAAGGCUGGAUGAGUAGUGAGGGUCUGUCAGUAAAAGAAACUGGGAGCAGUGCCGGCAAGCAGUACGGCUGGGCAGUUGCAAACAAGCUGCCCUGCUGCUCCUGAAAGAUGUUAGCUGUAUAAUAGAGCCCAAUGCAUUAGUUUUGACCCUUUCAUACUAAAGAUUGCUUACACAUUUACUUUCCUCUGUACAGUAUAGUGAUUUUAUCCCAUGAAUGAAAGUGUGUGUGAAGUGGGUUUCCCCUCCCUGAACCAUUGUAUUGACCCAUUGUCUGACGAGUGGGUGGCAUGUAACAGACUGAUAUAGCCAGUGUUGUAUUGGUCAGUCUGUGCUGACCAAGGAAUGAGAUGGUCAUUUUAAUGCUGCAGAGAAUAUAUAGAGCCAUUUGCUGUGAGAGCAAUUGGGAAUUGGACCGUACAGAUGUAGUUAAGUACCCUAAUCACUUGAGGGCAGGCAAGCUUUUCUGUGUUACUAAUUGGCUGUUUUUAAUCUCAGAUACUUUUAGGUGUUGCCUGAAAUCUUCAGAUGCAAAAUUGGCUCAGAUUAUUAUACCCCUCUGAGUUAAUCAUGUCAACAUGAUAGUGGCUCUCAAAUUCAGGUGCUUGAGGAUGCCAGCUUGCUCUAGAGCUAUAUUUAGGUCUAGAGGUGCUCCAGUUCCUAGAUAAUUUGUCAGUUCUAUAUUAGUACGGGAAGUGUUCUAAAUAGUCCUUGAAGCUGCAGUGCUAGUUAAUUCCCCUUUUCCUCACCCAUCUUCUCUUCCUAGGUUUGCACACUUUCCAGUUCAGAUAGGACACAAAUAUAGCGUUAAAAUAACCCCCUUCUUUUUUUGCUCUUUUCGUCUUUAAUUUCCUGUUCCUUCUAGAUGGCAUAGAAUAAUUUUCCAAAAAUAAGUGUAUGUAGUUCAUGUGGAAAACAUGAACUAAUUUUGAAAUGAUGCACUCAUAACUUUGACCUAAACUCUGUUAGCACUACAUGGUCUAGUGUAGGCUAUGCAUGCAUGUAUGAACAAAUUGUUCCAAUGUAUCUAAAUAUUAUUGUGGUCUGUUGGUGAUCCUUAACAUUUUUAAUGUGCUGAUAUGACUUAACAGUCAUAAUGGAACACCCAUUAUGGGUGGAAUGGAAUACCCAACAAUGGAAUACCCAACAAGAGGGGUAACUGAGUUUGUUUAAUCUGUGUUUAAGCAAAAGCAAAACCUUUUGGUGCUUUAAACUAAUGAAUUCAUUUUGGCUUUUGCUUUCAUGCCAAAUUCCAUGAUUUGCAUGUAUCUGCAAGCUUACAGGCAUCGCCCUGCCCAUGCUCUCUGCUGUAGAAGAUUUAAGGUUGUACAAAAGGUUCUAGUACUAAGCUUGUUGCAUAUGAUUCUGUGGUUUGAUAAUGGAAAGAUCUAGUAGUACAGUGGUGCCCCGCAAGACGAAUGCCUCGCAAGACGGAAAAACCGCUAGACGAAAGGGUUUUCCGUUUUGAAGUUGCUUCGCAGGACGAAUUCCCCUAUGGGCUUGCUUCGCAAGACGAAAAUACCUUGCGAGUCUUGAGAUUUUUUUUCGCUUUUCCCCCCCUUUAUCUAAUCUGCUAAGCCUUUAAUAGCCUUUAAUAGCCUUUUAGCAGCUAAUCCCCUAAGCCUUUAAGCCUUUAAUAGCCGCUAAACCGCUAAUAGCGCUAAUAGCACUAAUCCGUCAAUGGGCUUGCUUCGCAAGACGAAAAAACCGCUAGACGAAGACUCUCGCGGAACGGAUUAAUUUCGUCUUGCGAGGCACCACUGUAUAGACAAGGUGAAUACAGGGGAAGCUAAACAAAGCUUGCUGUAGUUAAACAUAGAUGCUCGCAUUUCAGUUUAUGUAUGUGGCUUUUCGCUCAUGUGACUUACACCUAGCUAUUUGCUGGAAUCAAAAGGCGUCAUGGCACCAUAAAGCAGUAGUGAGGAAUUGAUGGUCCUUCAAGUCUUGUUGGAUGCCAACACCCAUUAGCCCCAGGCAGCAUGCUCAGUGGUUAAACGUGAUGGGAGUUGUUGUCCACCAAUGUCUUGAGGACCACAGGUUCCCUAGUCCUGUUUUAGAAUAGUACAAAACUCUUGGCCUUGGUGUACCAGCCUAACCCUGGCAGUACUUUGGAGCACAAGUUGCUUUACUGUGAUUUUGAACAACGCUGCGUGAUUUCCAUGGGAGUCUCCCCCACCCACCCAAAAUUUGUUCUCUCUGCUGUUUAAGAUACUGUGGCACCAAUCUUGCAAGAGUUUGUGCCACUGUUCCCCUCUGCUGUGCUUGGAAAAACUGGAAAGUGUAACUUGAAUGGCUAUUUCUGGUAUUGGGCACAGCCAUUGUGGCAGAUUUCAUGAGCAGAGGGCCUGAGAGCAUGAUUAAAAACAAAUCUGCUGGUGUUGCUUUGACUGCCACCUGGAAAUGGCGAUAAAGGGCCUUUGUUCCCUCUAGGCGGUCUUUAUCCUGCUGACCCUUAGAAAACUGCUCUCUUCCUCCAAGGAAGGGGCUUAAGAGGCUGGUUAGAAAGUGGCCUUCCUCUUUGAUUGGAAGCGGCUCCUCUUAAUGCAGGCAGGGAUUUUGUGACCUGAUAUGAAGGGAAGCUGCACCCUGACAAGGGCCUAUGAGCUUGCCCUCCCCCCUCAAAGCCUUCUCUGUUAUUUUUUUUUUUUUUUUUUUUUUUUUUUAAAUAUUUUAUUAAGGAUUUUCUUGUUUUACAGAAGCCUUCUCUGUUAUACUACAAUUGCAUGGCCCCUUCGCCUGCAGCAAAUCUGCAUGUACUGGUAGCAAAGUCUGCUUUCUAGGACUGCAUAGUCCCUUGUGUGUGGUGGGGCCAGGCUGUGGUGUCUGCCUUCCCUGGAAGUCCUGGCAGUUGAAAUGGCUUUCCAGCCUCAUAUUGACAGAAGUCUUUAGAGGAUUAACGUUCUGGCCUGGGGCAGGGAGACAGGGGUGGCAAAGUGUCCUCAUAUUCUGUGCCGCUGCUGGGCUUGCACUGCUUUGUGAAUGGUGGAAUCAUGCAAUCCAGUUCUGACAGCUCCUGUCCGACUCUUUUCUCUCCCCCCUCCCAUUUAAAUUUAUUUUUAUUAAAGAUUUGCCUUUCUUACAAAUCAGUUACAUUUAUUGUGAGACAAUUGUGUUGAGUACAGUAUAAGGUUGGGGAAGAAGAGGGGUGGUGUGAUGAGGCUUAUAUUCUUUUAUAUACAGUGGUACCCCGCAAGACGAACGCCUCGCAAGACGGAAAACCCGCUAGACGAAAGGGUUUUCCGUUUUGGAGGCGCUUCGCAAAACGAAUUUCCCUAUGGGCUUGCUCGCAAGACGACAGCCCAUAGGGAAAUCUCAGGGACAGCGGGAAGCGCAGCGCGUCUUCCCACUGUCCUCGGACCUCCUCCGAAGCCUGGCGGCGGGGCGGGGACACCUCCUCCCGCCGCCGCCGGGCUCGGAAGGCUCCUCCGGCCGGGCGGGGGAGGGAACACCUGCCGCCGCCGCCCGGCUCGGAACGGUGCUCCGGGCCGGGCGGGGGGAGGGAACACCUGCCGCCGCCGCCCGGCCUCGGAACGGUGCCCGGCCGGGCGGGGGAGGGAAGACCUCCCCGCCGCCCGGCCCGGAACGGUGCUCCGAGCCGGGCGGGGGAGGGAACACCUCCGCCGCCGCCCGGCUCGGAACGGUGCUCCGGCCGGGCGGGGGAGGGAAGACCUCCGCCGCCGCCCGGCUCGGAACGGUGCUCCGGGCCGGGCGGGGGGAGGGAAGACCUUCUGAAGGCGGGCGGGGGCGAAGUCUUUGCUCCCCUGCCUGCCUGUCCCGGAGGGCUUUUGAAGGCGGGGAGCAAGACUUCGCCCCCGCCCGCCUUCAGAAGAGGUCCAGGACCUCUUCUGAAGGCUGGCGGGGGCAAAGUCUUUGUCCCCCUGCCUGCCUUCCCAGGGGCUUUAAAUUGCCCCGGACAGCGGAGAAGUCCUCCGCUGUCCCGGGGUGAUUUUAAAAUGCCGCCCGCCAGCAUUUUAAGAUCGCCCGGACAGCGGAGAAGUCCUCCGCUGUCCCGGGGUUUUAAAAUGCUGGGGGUGGGAAGAAAAGCCCUUGCCCCCCCCCCAGCCUUCAGAAGAGGUCCGGGGACAGACUGUCCCCGGACCUGGUCUGAAGGCGGUUUACCUAGGAACGCAUGAAUUGAUUUUCAAUGCAUUCCUAUGGGAAACCGUGCAUCGCAAGACGAAAAACUCGCAAGACGAAGAGACUUGCGGAACGAAUUAAUUUCGUCUUGCGAGGCACCACUGUAGUGUACGUGUGGGGUUUUGUGUCAGCGUCAACUGGAUAGGUUCUCUUUCUAUUUGUUUAUUACAUUUCCUUGGUAGUGAGAGGUAUUGGGGGGCAGGGUGUGGUUAGUGGCUAUGGUUGGCUGCAGUGGGGUUUGUUUGCAUUUGUGAGGUGGGGAGAAGGCUUGUUGAGUCGGGUAAGCCAGACUGAUUCGUAUUCUGUCAGUGGGUUCUUCUUGUCUUGUUGGGCUGUGUAUGUGAUAAAUGGGAGCCAUACUGGGGUGAAGGCAUCCUCUUCUAUUUGUCCCUGUGUCAGUUUCAGUUUUUCGGUUAGCUUUUCUAGUAAGGCCUUUUCUCAUACAAUUUGAUACCAUUGGUCUAUGUUUACUCCUGACAGGUCUCUCCAGUGACUGGCUAUGGGGCUUCUGGCUGCUGAGAGUAGGUGGGAUAUAAGCUCUGUAUGUGAGUCGCCAUUAUGAUCUUGGAAGAUGUUCAGUAGUGCCAGUUCUGGGGUGCGUUCUAAUACCUGUUUAGUUAUUAUGCAUAUCUCUUGUAGGACUGCUUUCCAGAAGGGUUGGAUUUUAGGGCAUUCCCACCACAUGUGGAGGUAUGUGCCUGUGGAGAUGCAACCUCUCCAACAUCUUAGUGAGGUUCCUGGGCAUAUCAGCGCCAGUUUCCGUGGUGUUAAGUACCACCUGUAGGUGAGUUUCAGAGUGAGUUCUCUUCUUUUGGCUGAUACGGAUUUAAAGGGAGGUUUAGACCACAUUCUAGUCUGUUGGGUGGAGUUAAUUUCAUAGCCUAUGUCGUGCUCCCAUUGCUCUUUGAUUGCGUUAAGGGAGUUUGUGGGAUUUUGGAGCAGUAUUUUGUAUAUUGUGGAUACCAUCCCUUUGCCAUGUCCCUCUGCUGCCAGGAGAAGGUUUUCGAAGGUGAUCAAGGGCCUAGUCGCUGCUGAUUUUACUGCUGGAUUGUUUAAGAAGGCAUGUAGUUGAUGGUGUGGUAGCCAAGGUAUUUCUGUGUCCCCUAGUUUGGCUUGUAUUUCUUGUUUUGGUAUGGAUUUUUCGUUUUCAUAGAAGUCUUUUAGAUAGUGCCAGGUUUUUAUCUGGAGGUUUUGUGCUGCGUGUUGUAAUAUGUGGGUGAUGGGCCAGGGGGGUUAAGGGGGACUGGGAUAGUUUGCCUACUUUUUUCUUCUGUGUGAACCUGUGUCGUGGGGAUUUUCUUCAGUUUGUUUUGGAGAAAUGGGUAUGCUGUUGUGGGGAUGUUUUCGAUGGUGUCUCUCUCCAAGUGGACCCAUUGUCUGCCUGACUCUUUUCUGUAGUCAUAGGCAACAAGGAAUUGCAUGCAGGCAAGUGAAUGGGAGAGUCACAACAUCCCUCUUCUGUGCCCAUCACAAAAGCCCCUUGGACUGCCAGAGGAGGGAAGACACCCACACGCUAUUAACAUUUUUUUGUAGGCUUGUGGGUUUAUUAACAAGGUUACUUCUGUGUGUAUUGCCCCGAUCCCUGUAUUUCAUAAUUGCUGCUAUUGCUAUGUACCUCACUUAGUUUUCUGGGGUGCAUAAAAGAUGGCGAGGUUCUCGCUCUGCAGCAAUACUCGUAAUGUGGAUGUCGGUUCCAGGAUUGGAGGUGGUGUGUGGCUGUGUUUGUGUAUGGCAGGGAAUUUUUCAUGAGACUCCACAUGAAUCCUACUAGCUGCUUUUAAUGGGGUUCGGGUGGAAGCAGGGAUAACAGUGAGCCUAGCAGCACAACAUGGGACUGCAUGAUGCUAGCGUGGGUGGUAUAAUAGGUACUUCUGAUAGUCUCUCCCCCCCCCCCAAUAGAUUGCUUCUUGGCUGCCUUUAGGGGAAAAGAAGUGGGAUGUAGGCAGAAGCCUGUAAGUGGGCCUAACCCACAUAGGAAAGCAGCUGAGCUGUGCCAGUGGCAGCAGCUCUUCAGUAACGUCUAAGGCAUGUGGUCACACCCUUGGGGAGCGAGCCAGCUUCCUGAUUGGAAGGGGAGGGGCAUUUCUGCUUUCCAGUGGUAGGGCAGGGCUGCAUCAUUUUAUACUUCCAGUCCUGACAGCGAGCCUCUGUGCCUUAAAGGGGCACUCCAGCUGGAGCGAGGAAAAUGCUGCUGCUCGCUUGAGGACCCUGUGUGCACACAAGAAAACAACUCCCAAGGCGGGGGCAGACAACUGCCCUUCCCCGGUAUACAGUGGUACCACCUCAGGUUAAGAACUUAAUUCGUUCUGGAGGUCUGUUAUUAACCUGAAACUGUUCUUAACCCGAAGCACCACUUUAGUUAAUGGGGCCUCCCGUUGCUGCACGAUUUCUGUUCUCAUCUUGAAGCAAAGUUCUUAACCCGAGGUAAUAUUUCUGGGUUAGCGGAGUCUGUAACCUGAAGCAUAUGUAACCUGAAGUGUAUGUAACCUUAGGUACCACUGUAGUUUUACCUACACCUUUUAUUCCAAGGAAGGUCUCCCUCAGUUCCUGGAAUUUUUUUGCAGUUCUAUGAUGCAAGGAGGGACAGGGGCAAUUUGGGUUGGUGUUCCUCCUCUGGAAGGUAACUGCCCCAGGUCAUUUCCCAUUCCUUAGCCUUGGUUAUUAUGAACAGUGUUCAAAAUUAGACAGGCUCCGGGUGCAUUUUGUAACCUUGGUUUAAGGAGCCACUUGGUGCCUAGCUUAUAUAUCUGAGUUUCUAACACAGCUUCUGAAGUGGGGCAUACCUAGUUGCUCAUUUCAACAUAGUUGUCUUGGCUUAGGAACGUGUUGGCCAAUGCCUUGCUACUGAAUAUUUAUGAAGAAGGCUGAUUGUAUUGGCUGCCUGGUAUCUUGGAAAUCUCUGCCUUUUGACUCUCUCUCUCCCUCCCCUGUGAAAGGUGAGGGGUCAGUGUGUUUGUUCAGUCAACUUUAAAUCGUAGUAGUAGUUAACACUGCUCUAGUAAAAAGAUUGAAGCCCUGCCCUUUCACGACACAUGUAUCUCAGCAAAUGUCAGUGUUUAUGAGAAGUCUGGAGCACUUGUUUGUGUCCAUGUAAUACCUAGCCUCCCUAAAUCAGUACUUGUGCCUUUUCAAGUACUUAGGUAGAACAACCACAUCAGUCUCUUUGAAAGAAGCUUAAAUUGAGGAAACUUGCUAUGGAGAAGCAAGCGUUUCUUUAUACUGAAGACAUAUAGUCACGGAGGCCAUAUCUGCACCAUACUAAACAUCUUUUAUAUGACUUCUUCCAAAGAAUCCUGGGAACCAGAGUUACAAUUCCCAGAGUGGUUUAACAGCCAGUCCCUCUUCCCAGGGAGUUGUGAGUAUUAUACCUCUGCAAAGGAGGAAAGCAGCUCUCAGCAUCCUAAACAAACUGUAGUUCCCAGAGCCCUUUGUAGGAAGGACCAAAUGUUAAGGUGGUGUAAUCAUACUUUAUAUGUCUGGUGCAGAAGUAGCCUAUGUUACAAAUAUAGUUGAGUUUUCUGAUGGAUGCAGUUUGCCCUUUGGAGUGUUCCUUCCACGUCUGCCUUCCCCUUUGAGAGUUGUGCAUGCUUGCGGAUGGAAGCCACAGAUCAUCCUAUGUGAUGUGUUGUACUUUCCCAGUUGAUAGAGGAUACAGUUUUGCACAUUGAGCCAUCUUUGUGGAGUUCUUCCUUCCAAUAAAAAGUUGUUCCAGCUGUGCUGAGUCCUUGUUAGUUGAUUGAAAUCCUGGCAUUUCUACUCUUAAUUGUUAAAAACAACAGCAACCCAUAAGCUUCAUUUUCUAGAGAGGUAGCUGUGUUAAUAUCUGUUUCAGCAGGAUAAGCAAGGAGACUUGUGGCCAUUGUACAAAAUUUGCCAGGUGCAUUUUGCAUCUGAUUGUCGGCCACUUGCAACCAAGUGAAGAUGCCUGAGUGACAGGAUGGCGCUUGACAUCACCAUCUGGAGGUGCACACCUGGGGAUCCUUGGAUCUUGACUGUUUUCACAUACUAAUACCCCAUCCUGUACAAUUCUAUUGGUUAUAUUUUAUCUGCACAAUCAGAAUGAAUUUCAGGAACCGAAAUGUUUUCUCUACAACGUGAACAGGAGCAGUGAACGACAUUAUAGUUAAUUUGUUGUAGAUUGUCUUCACUUACCCUGCUCACAGUUGUGAAUAAUGUUCAUAUGUUAUGAAUGGUCCAUGUCACCAUUAAGAAAAAGAGGUAGGAAUACGCCAGUAUAUAUCUGGACUGUCUCUAAAUAAAGUAGCUUUUCUUCUUGUAAGUUCUCAAAGCUCCUAACCUAGCUCAAGAAUGUAAUCUGAACUAGCCAGAUGUUUAACUAAUAAUCAAUCACAGUCCGUCUGUAGUUUGAAAAAUAAGACUUUAGAGCCGUCUUGCCCAAAAGACAUUCCGUUUUGGCAACUGUAACCUUGGUUUAAGGAGCCGUAUGGCACCUAGCUUAUAUAUUUUAGUUUCUAACACUGCUUGUUGCCAAGGUUAGAAAAAUUAUGACAUCGUAUUAUGACAUCAUAAAACAUCAAUACAUUGUAAGCCACAUGAACAAAUCCCUUCCAGAACUGCUGUCCGUUACCUGAUUGAAUAAUUAGUGACAAAACAUUUCUGUCCCCGUUUUCAUUUGUUCUCCAUCAAAUACAAGGGCAGAGAAAGCUUCCUGAAAAUUGAAAUACAGUCGUACCUUGGAAGUUGAACAAAAUCUGUUCUGGAAGUUGAUUUCCAAAAUGUUGGAAACCAAAGCGUGGCUUCUGUUUGGCUGCAGGAAGCUCUACUGGACGUUUGGGUUCCAAAGAACGUUUGCAAACCGGAACACUCCCUUUGGGUUUGUGGUGUUCGGGAGCCAAAACGUCCGAGUACCAAAGCGUUUGGGAUCCAAGGUAUGACUGUACAGUUUUGAUUGACUUUGGCAUACUUUUGCCCAGUUUGAGAUUUGCUGCUUCAUCCAAGCCCUGCAGGUGCAGGCAAGGACUAAGUAAGGCAAGGACUCAAAGAGGACUAAGUAGCAAAAGCUGCUGUUGUUGAGGCAGUUCCUACAGCCAGGUGUCUGGUCUUUUAGUGGUCCUGAAAUUUGGAGGUACACAAACUUUAGACCCCAGAGCACAGUCGGGGGCUGGGCUAGACUCGAGAGCCAUAUCUCAGUGGUGGAGAACAUGCAAAAAGUCCCUGACUCAUCUCCAUAGCAGAGCUGGGGAAGACCGCAGGCUUAAAAACCCUGCAGAGCUGCUUCCAGUCAGUGUAGGCUGCCCUGAACUAGAUAGGCCCAAUGUCCGCUGCAUUAUAAGGCAGCUUUUUAUGAGCAGAGAAGACCUUUGAAAGCUCACUGGGUUGGGGGGGAGUAUAUUGUUUUCUGCCUUGUUACCCAAUAAGAUUUCAUAAUAAAGUGCCAAAGUUUUUGGUUUUUUUUAAAGUGUUUAGCAGGAUUCAUCUGGCAUCCUGAUGCUCUUUUCCCGUUUGUGAUGCUUUGAGACAAAAGACCUGGCUUCACUUCAACUUAUUGUUUGUCACAGCUCCUCAGGGCCUGGUCUUGCUCCCCCUUCACGCUAUUCAAAUGAGAUUGUACUUUGGAAGCAACAGGCCGUCCACAACUAAUCAGUUUGGUUAGUGUGGAGUUUGUUCCAGGUUUCAAGUGCGCUCCACUCUCCCCUCAUUGGGUCCUUUUAGCAUCUGCGUAGUGGUUGUUGGCGUGAUUUUAGCCCUUGUUCUGACCUCUGCAUAUUUAUGCAAAGUGAAUCCGAGGAGAGGAGAGGCACAAGAGGAAGAAAAUUGGUGGCAGCGGAACAGCUACUUCCCCUGAACCACCAUUUUUUUUUUAUUUAAAAAAGACAAGCGGCCCGAGCUUGCUGGUUGCCAACAGCACAAAAGGAAAAUUCCAAGGCCUUUGAAACCCUGUUGCUUGAGAACACCACCUCAGAUCAUUUCUAACCUUUCCAGGGAGCCCCCUGGGAUGAGUUGCAACUUCAAAGGGCUUUUUGUAGCCUGCGGAGGAGUUGGGAGUGUCUGAACCGGGUUUUAUAAUGAGAGCAGGCUCCUUUAACCAUGGUUACCGUAAUAGCUUCCUAUUCGCUGUCCUGAGAGAGCCUGGAGGAAGCUUACCCCACCUCACUCCAUGACUGCUCCCUCUGUCUGCCCACCCCAGCCAAUAGCAGCAGCCACCUUCGCUGGCUUUGUUUAGCGUUGGCUUCAUUUCUCUUUCAGACGGGCAGCAGGUGCUGCCAACCCUAGCCUGCCUGCUGUGUGAGUUGGGGGGCCAUUGGCUUAUAUGGGGCAGAAUUUGGCUAAUGGAGCUAGCAUGCAGUGAUAAAGACUAGGGUGGAGCAGCAAGCUUGUCACUCGGUUGAUUCCCUUCCUUCCAGCUCCUGAGUGAGGUGGAACAGAACAUCUAUCUGGCAAUGAAGCUCUUUAACUUCAGCAGCAGGGGGCAAAGUGCAAAGGUUCACAUCCUGUGGUGCCUCUUUUGAGGAGGAGGAGGGGAGCAUAUCAGCUAGGAACCUCAGUCUCUGCUCCUUUAAUUCCUUCAGGAAUUCUGUGCACAAAGACAAAAAUCUCAGAAAGUUAAAGGAUUACAGCACCUGGGGAAUUUCCUUGAGCUUUGGCAAGGGUUUUCCCCUUGCAGACAUUGCUGUUUCCAGCCAAGUUGCCGUAGCUAAUGUGCUUGUUUGUGUCCCUUCCUUCUCUCCUCUCUCCCCCCCCCCCCAUAGGUCAUAGUUGCAGAAAUGGCUGAACAAGAGCCUACCCCCGAACAGCUGGCCCAGAUUGCAGCUGAAAAUGAAGAGGACGAGCACUCUGUCAACUACAAGCCCCCUGCCCAGAAGAGCAUCCAGGAGAUUCAGGAACUGGACAAGGAUGAUGAGAGUUUACGCAAGUACAAGGAGGCCCUGUUGGGAAAUGUUGCCAUCGCUGUCGGUGAGUCCCUGGAGGACGUACUUGGGCCUACUGUGUGAGGGAAGCAGGCCUUCUGAAACCUGCCCCACUUUCUCACACAUGCAUGCUUCUCCAAAAGUAUUUGGCCCUCUUCCAUUUGGAUGUGGUGUGGAAACCAUCUGGUCUAAGCCAAGAGCUGAGGUCCUGAGGAAAGAAGCUUGGGAGUUGCCCAGUCCUGAAAUCCAUGGUCUUGGAGGGGGGAAUUGUCUCUGCAAACUGGAACUUUAGACUUUGAAUAAACUCUACAGGUUUGUAAGCAGAACUAAGUCAGGAGUAAACUUGUGUAAGCCUUCUCUUGUCUCUCUCUCAACACACACACUGCUAAUUACUUUUUUGGGAGCACCUGAGAUGAUGGGGAAUAAGUACUGGUAGGUGAGUAGGGGGUGAGAAACUAUAAGGACCAGGGAACCAGAAGAGUUAAAGGCACAAAGCUUUCCUCUUAAUCUCAGUUUUGGGAUCCACUUGUGGCUUUCAGUACAGUCCGAUUGUGAAGAGAACAUUAAGUAAACUUAUCUUAAAGUGAAGACACAAAGGGUUGUAUCCAAUGAAGUUGACCUGUUAGCACACGGACUUUGGCCUGCACGAUAAGACUUCCCUUCACUCUCCCCAAAUUUGCUCAGCAGAGGUGGUGGUGGUGGAAAACCCAGAAUGGAGGUGCAUGGGGAGAAAGGAGGGAGAACAAGCCCAAUUGCACAGGCAGAGGUCCUUAAUGGGAGAAUUGAAUUGGAUACAACCCAAAGGCUCACCAGGUUGCAGGUUUGUUGACUGCUGCGCAGUACAUUGGUGGAUCCAUACUUGCCAUGCUUUUUUUGCUUCUCUGCUCUGCAGCCCAUGCCUGCAGCUAUCAAAUGAGACACUUAAGGGCUGGUCUGCUUACCCUCUGGUAUUUAUGCCUCAACUUCUCUUUCAGAUCCCAGCACUCCAAACGUGGUGGUAACAAAACUGACUUUGGUCUGCGCUACUGCUCCUGGACCCUUGGAGUUGGACCUCACAGGUGAGUGGGUUAGGUCAGAAUAUAUGAUCAGUCCUGUACAGGUAGGCUAGUCUGGCUCACCAUAGGAUCUUUCAAUCUCAAUACAUUGCAUUCUCACUGCAGAUAGCCAGCCCUAUACAAACUUCUACUACUACACAGAGUUUCGCCCUAUAGCAUUUGCUUUGCACCCAGUUUUGUAGAGAAGAGGUCAUUGCCAGAUCUGAGAGCCAUUUGAAGAGAGUUUUCCCUGCACAGUUGCUGCUGUGAUGUGGUUUAAGGCUCGUCUUGCCUAUUACAGAAUAGGCUUGUGUUAAAGUCAUCUUAGGGCUCAGCAUUGAUCCAUGAGAUAGACUAAGUCUUAGUUUCAGAGCAGCCAAAUUUAUAUUUCGCUGUUCAGACAGCCUACCGGUCCAGUGGUAGAGCAGUCUCCCAGCAAAGGCACAUGCCUCAUUUCACAUCUGCACCUUUGCAUUCUGGGAAAGGUCUGCCAGACUUUGGCUAGGAGAGAGUGCAGUUUGCCGAGUUGUAGCAGAGCUGCCAGCUGGAAUAAGCAGGUUGCCAGAGGGAAAACCAAUCUGGACCUGAAUGCACAAUUCUCUUUUUCUUUCUUUUUGGAAAGAAGGAAAUAUUAGACUACAGUAGGACUCGAUGCAAACCCAGCCAUUUUACCGAGUGCUGCAGUGCCAGCUGAAUAGCCUGCAAAAUGGCCUAGUAUACGUGCCUUUGGAUUGUCUGAAAGAGUACAGUGAAGGCAACUGCUUGACCUCAAUACGCAGGGAGUUCCAAAGGGCAGGUGCUGCCACACUAAAUAAUCAAGUUCUUAAAAAUGAGGAACGGGUAUUAUGUGGUGCCAAUCCUAAGUAAUCAAAUGGACACAUGUGGAGGAAAGGGAUCUCGUAGGUAAACUGGUCCCAAGUUGUUAAGGGCUUUAUAUGCUAAUAGUACAUAGAAAUCAAUGUGCUGCUCUUUGCUUUAAAACUCUCAGUGGAAAGUUUGCCUGUCUUUGAUUCCUGCCUUCUCCUUGCUGUUCAGGUGACCUGGAGAGUUUCAAGAAGCAGUGCUUUGUGCUGAAGGAAGGUGUUGAAUACCAGCUAAAAAUCUCUUUUCGGGUGAGGUCUUUUGUCAUAUUGGUCAGCCUUCGGUUCGCUAAGCACAUUGCUCUGGCCUUUAGGAUUUUGUGUGUCAGAGAAAAGUGCAUGUUGGCUGAUGGAAUUCUCUGUCUAUUUAGGUGCACAAAGAGAUUGUUUCGGGGUUGAAGUAUAUUCAGCACACAUUCAGGAAAGGAGUAAAAAGUAAGUGUCAAGGAGUGGGGGGGGGGGGUCAUGUGCAGUGGAUCCCAUACCUUUCAUUUGCUUUUUACAGAGCAAAAAAAGGGGGGGCCUUUGCAAUGGUUUUUCAGAAGCGUUCUGUCAACUUUUAGUUUGAAACAUUACCUCAAUAAAACUGGAACUUGGUGUUUAAGCUAAUACAGAGGAUGUGUUGCUUCCGCUUGAAUGCCAACCAUGCAGGCGGCAGCAGCGAGUGAUUCCAAUGGCUUUGGAAGGCUGGCUCUUCCCUCUCCCCACAAAAACUCUUUGGAGAGUCAUGGGCGUAUUUCAGAUAUUCCGGUUCACAUAUUGUGUCUGUGUUUUUUCUCCUUCUAGUUGACAAGACUGACUACAUGGUUGGGAGCUACGGGCCACGUGCCGAGGACUACGAGUUCCUGACCCCCAUGGAGGAAGCCCCCAAGGGCAUGCUGGCUCGGGGCAGCUACAACAUCCGAUCCAAAUUUACAGACGACGACAAGACAGACCACCUUUCCUGGGAGUGGAACCUGAACAUCAAGAAGGAGUGGAAGGAUUAGCCCUUCCCUAGCCAAAUCCUGAGAGUUGCUCAGACAGCGGCUACAGUAGAAAACCCCCCCACCCUGUACCAAAGUGCUGGCAUUUGAUACCCUUCCCCCUUCCCCAUUCUUAAGCUCAUCAGGAAGACCUUUUGGCUCAGCGCCCCACAUAUUUCCUCCCAAGAAUCACUGAAAGAAAUUGACCAAACCUGCACUGUCUGGCCCAAGCGCAGAGGUGGAAGUGCUCCCUCUCCUUUCUCUGGCCUCCCGAUUACGAGGUCUGCUGCUUCUGACCCACUUUGAAUACAUUUCAGGCAGGUGCUGAAGGGGAAGCAAUAUUCCUGCCUGCAGGGGAGAGGAUUCGGAGGCACUCCUGUCUCUGGGUGAUGGGCAAGGUGCUGAGGAAUCGAUUCCAUGCAGAGCUGGGAACUGCCUGCUGCCCCCCCGUCCGUCCCCAAUUGUUUCCAGGCUCAAUCAUGUUCAUGGCCUGCCCCUUCUCCUCCGGAGACAUGGGUCGGCUUUCCAUUUGUGAUGGUUUCCUGUAACCAUGAUGCCUUAAUGUGUGUAACAUACAUCCUCCAGGGAGGGCCCCCCCCCGACCUUGUUACACUUUUUAUAUGUGCUCCUGUCCUGUCCCCCAACACAUACCCCUCCCUCCUCCUGAUUUUGCAUCUUCUGGCCAGACCAUCCCCCUGCUGAGGCUGAUGUCUCAAGGGCUUAAGCUGCUACCCCUUACAGGUUCCCUGUGGCCAGAGAAGCGCUUGCUUCCAGCUAGGGAGGUGGGGCCUGUUGGUGGGCGUGGAAGUUACGAGUGCCACUGUCAUCUCCAUCUUAGUUCUGUCACACCUAAACUGGCUGCAAAGCCCUGCAGUCCCAGGGCAGUCCCUGGGUUUCAGGGCUGGAAGAAGGAUUGGCCCAGCUCAGCUGCUCCUCACCUGAUCCGAACAAAAGAGCUUGCUAUGGACAAAUAUUCGAGAGCAGUGAAUGCCUUAUGUCUGUUCUGCCUUUGAAAUCAUGUGCCUGGCCUGUCAGUAUUUAUUAUUGCCUUGAUUAGAUGCUUCUCCUUCAUGAUGCCCGGACAGCCCUGCCCCCCCCCAGUAGAAACCCCACUGGCGUGGAAAGAGGAGGCCUUGCAGGGCCUGCUCUCUGUUUUGUCAGGUGGGCACGUUCCAGCUCAGCAGCCCAACUCAGCGGGGCUAUUGCGAGUCCCCAACUUGUGUUAGAACUGGGACCAAGCGUGUGUGUGCGCGGUUCUCUUUCAUAGCUACGUCUCUGCCCCCGACUCCUCUUCCCCACUCCGUCCCUUGCAGGAAUUUUUUUUUUUUUGGGGGUUAAAUUGAUUUGAUGCGUUUUUGUCUGUAAAUCUAAAGAUCUGGAGUAACAGAUUUGGAAUCAUCAGCUUCCCCUUUUCUGACGGUAAAAUAAAAUCUUGAAACUGACAUGGU